GGUUCUACUAAAUUGUGUUUUUUUGUGGAAGUGUGGACGAACCAGAACCAUCUACGAUGAUCUACGACGUGAACUCUCCUCUCUUCAGAUCCUUCCUUAGCCAGAAGGGAGGCUCCUCUGACAAAAGGAAAUCUGAAGAGCAGAAACCGAAGGAACAGAGGCCCAAGGCCAAUGAGAAUAAGCCUGUUAUGACGGAGUAAUCAAAUACAACUUGCGGGCAUCCAGCUCUUCUAGCAUGGGGUAGGAUGAGAAGAUCUUUAAAUGCAAUUAUGGUUGUUGGUAUGCACUUGUUUAAAGUGAAUUUGGCUACUAUUCUUGGACUUCGAGUUUGUAAGAAUUUCCUUUCUAUAUAUACUCAGUUUGGAAUAGAUGUUCUUGCGUGUUUGACAAUGCGUUCUUAAAUUUAGUUGGCUGAUUGUGUUGAUUCUGCUAAUAAGUAUGGAAAAUCUUGCUUAUUGGAGUGAUUGGAAGUAUCUGAAGCAUGAAACCAUCUCCUUCGUUUCCUUUCUCGAGGAGAGGAUCAACAGGGUUUCACUAAUGAGAAUUUUGAAUUAAAAAAAAAAUUGAUAUGAAGCUAUUUUUUUUUUUGUUUUUUGUUUUUUUAGAAUCUUUAGAUAGUCGAUGGAGGCAAAUCAUCGGCUUUACUGGUCAAAGCUUUGACGUUGUAAAGGAAAAGUUGUGCAAGUAGACAUUAAUAAUACCCUCCUGAAAAAAGUUAGAAGGGCAAAAGACAAACAGAUGGGUCCCUCUUGAGGUGAAAAGAUGGGGACCAGGGAAUGCAUGCACCUGAGUGGCUAAAAGUGGUUUCCCAUGUGAAACCUAUAUACUCUAUAAUCUAUAACCCUCCAUUGUUCAAACCCUUAAUCAGUAAUCACCUACUGUCUCCUGUUCUCAACAACCCGUUACCCUCGUAUACCCAUCUAGAGAUUAGGUAAACAUCUCUCUGUGCUCCAUACAUACAUGUUAUAAAAUAUUGUAAUAUUGGUCAUGUAUUGAAAACAUCCAACCUCAAAAUAAAAAAAUAAAAAUAAAAAUAAAAAUAAAAAAUUAAGGAAGAGAUACCUCUUGAAGCAAAAGCUCCAUGGUUGUGCCCUAAAAUGAGCUAAAUCAUUGACAGUACGGUCUUGUCUUAAGGUACACACAUUUUGCUAUUUCCAGGCAAUUUUAGCCUCUACUUUUGUGCGAUAAAUUAUAUUUGGCUGAACAUGGCAAUUAAUGGUUAUAUGAUAAUGUGACAAUUGCUCCAGAGUUUUUUCUAUAGGACCAGAGGGAGGGACAUUUGGAUAAUUUGUCUAGAAAAGGUGAAGCUUUCGGUGGUUAGAGAAGGUUAAACUUUAUAAAGAAGAUGGUUCUUUUUUCCAUUGUUUGUUAUGGUUUAGUCUCUCUCGUUCCUUUGUUCACGCUGCUUUCACUUCCAAAGUCAAUACAUUUCUCUCCCAUUAGGUAAACAGAACAAAGACCAGAGCCCUUUCUUCUUUAUUCCAUCAUCAGCUUGCAUCUCUCUCUCUCUCUCUCUCUCUCUCUCUCUCUCUCAACAAUGAGAAAAAUGGCUGAACUGUGCUUAUCAAGCACGUACAAGACUCAAUUCUCUAGUUUCCUCCUCUUUGACUUCUUCCAGAUAUGUUCUUUCAUUAUCUCACACCCUCUCUACAUCUUUUACUUCAUCUUCUUCUUUCCAUACCUUCUCAAGCUCCUCUCCUUUCUCUCUCCUCUCUUCAUCACCACCUCCCUCCUCCUCCUUGCUUUCCUCACACUCUCUCCCGGCCUUGUCCACAACAAUCCGGCACGCGAAUUGUCUGGAUCCAAAUUGGGGUUCAUCUUCUCUUUAUACAAUGCAGUUAUGGAGAGACUACACUCAAAUAUAGAUGAUGAUGAAAACGAAGAAUUUCAUCACUUGGAGGAGCUUGAAGCUUAUACAACUGUGUUUGAAACAUCUAUAUUUGAUGCUAGAGAAAUCCCAGAUGGAGUUUCUGAGUUAGAAUCUGAAGAAGAUUGCUUACAGGCUCUUGAUUCAAAAGCAGUUGAAAUUAAGCCAGAAAAAGCUCAGCCUGUCAUGGAGGGAAAUAAGAGUGAAGAAUUGGAUGAUUUUGAAAACAUGUGUUACAAUGUGGAAGAGAAGAAAGUUGAGCCAGGGGGUGCGAAACCCGAUAAAGAAGAGUCAACAGUGGGAAGUGGAUCCAAGGUGAUGGGCAGUGAAGUAUGGGAUGACAGGACUAAAGUUAGCCCUGAUAACGGAAGAGAAUACACUUCAAAAGUUACCGCCAAACCAGAGAGGCUUGGUGAGAGUGUUAGUAGUGCUGAUAAUUCGAAUGUUAUGGAGAGUUCCCCAAAAGUGGCUCCAAAUCUUGGGAGCUAUGGAUCAAUGAGGAAAGACAAGGAGUGGAAGAGGACGUUGGCGUGCAAGCUGUUUGAGGAGCGACACAAUGUGGGUGGUGGUGGUGAUGAAGGGAUGGAUAUGCUUUGGGAGACGUAUGAAAUGAAUUCGAGUAAGAGCAAGUUGAAUGGCAGCACGAAGAAGAAGAAGAAGAAGAAGAAGAAGAAUAAGAAGAAAGGCAGAACAGAGGACUAUGAGGAGGAGGAGGAGGAAGAGGAAGAGGAAGAUGGACAUAUGUGUUGCUUACAGGCAUUGAAUUUCUCGGCAGGGAAGGUGAAUUUGGGAAUGGGUAGGUCUAAUUUUGCGAGGAUUUCAAAGGCCAUCAAAGGGAUUGGAUGGUUGCACCAUGUGAGCAGGAAUGGAAAAAAGGGUUAUAAUUGAAUUAAUUUGUGUUGUUUUUGUUAUUAUUUAUAUAUAUAUAUAUAUAUAUAUAUAUAUAUAUAUAUAUAUUGUCGACAAUGGUAGUGUACCAGGAAAAUUGACUUUAUGUUAAUUUGACAUAGCAAAACAUGUGUAUUUGUUCUUGAGAUUAAAGAUGUAAAUGUCUUAUUUAGUCCUCACAUGAAGCAUUACACUCCCUCUCUCCAAAAGAACUUUGGGGGAUCAAAGUGACAUAAAAGAUUUAGUGCAUCUAGCAAGAAUAUAGUGUUGUUUAAUUUGCUUUGGGUAAUUGCCUGUUUCUCCGAUUGCUUUCUUUCUUUCUAAGAAGCUUAAGAAACAUGAGAGACUGAGUACUUGUGAGACACACUAAAAGUGCAAUACUGGAUUGAAAAUUUUAAACUAAUUAAGUAAGGUUGAGAUGACGGGAAUUAAGCUUGAGAGUAGAGAGCUGAGCAAUCAUCUCAAUUGAUCAAAAAUAGCUGUUCAAGCUUAACCUUAAGCUGGAGUUUAGUCGCUCAAGCUCGAUUGGGACAUUCUUAGCCAAUUCUGGCUCAAACUUGACACUUUGAUGACGAAGAACAAGAAGUUACCUUGGUUCUGAUUCUGACAUGCCAUCAUGCCUAUGAGUGAGACAUAUGAGAUGCAUUCGUGUAUAGCCAAAUCGACAGGAAAAACCACGAAGAAGAAUGAGAAUAAGAGAUUGAAUACUAGGAAGAGAUAGAUGGGCAAUUGUGUCGCUUACAGGCAUUGAAAUUCUCUGCAGGAGAAGGUGAAUUCCGUAAUGGGAAGGCCUAAUCUUGCUAGGGUUUGAAAGGCAAUCAAAAGGGAUUGGGUGGUUCUGGUUGCACCACCAUUUGAGCAAUUGAAUUUAACUUGUAAUUUUAGC